GAGGAAUUCAAGGAUAAUGCUGCGCUAAACGAGCACAUGAAGGAAGCUCACAGCUGGACAAUCUGCUCGUGCAGUUUGAUGGUCAUUCGCAGCUCUUUAAAGGAGCAUUUCAGUCGUUCCGAUUUUCACCCGUCAUGUGCAAUUUGUUUUGAAUCGUUCGAGCACCGUGACGAACUCUCAGAGCACGCCCACUCUUCAGGCCAUGUACAGCCUCCACGUCCGCGAGGUGCAGUCACAGCCAAGGAGGGACGGCACUGCUUCAAUGCGGCUGUCAAUUCGGGUCUAAGGCCGACCUCACCAAGCAUCUCAGGGACCCUACCGCUCACCCACGAUGCUGGCAAUGUGGUAUGGUAUACUCGGAUAGGACGACACUCCGUAAGGUAUGCAUUCGGGCGAUGUGUUGAACCCGGGCGGUGACCGAUACCGUCUCUUUUCUCGGCUGUGCCAGCAUACAGAACAGUUUCCACGAACUCAG